CAGGCAAAGGGAGAGAACUUGGAAGAAGCUCCAAUGGAGGAGAAAAGGCGAUGCUUCAGUUUAAGUCAAAACAAGUUUCUUCAGCAUUGGUGCGUGAUUCUUUUCAUAUCUUCCUUGGCCAUUUUGCCUUUAACUCAAUCUUUCAACUAUGGCAAAGCCCUCUCCAAAAGCCUCCUUUACUUCGAAUCCCAACGCUCCGGCCGCUUACCCUAUAACCAAAGAGUCACCUGGCGCCACCAUUCUGGCCUCACCGAUGGCCUUGAGCAAGGGGUGGACUUGGUGGGAGGGUACUAUGACGCCGGAGACAAUGUGAAAUUCGGUUUGCCGAUGGCUUUCACCAUUACCAUGCUCUCAUGGGGUGUCCUUGAAUAUGGAGAUGAAAUCUCCAGUGCCGGAGAGUAUACUCACGCUCUCGAAGCCAUCAAAUGGGGAACUGAUUAUUUCAUCAAAGCUCAUACUCACCCAAAUGUCUUAUGGGUUGAGGUGGGAGAUGGUGACACCGAUCAUUACUGUUGGCAGCGACCGGAGGACAUGACAACAUCCCGGCAAGCCUACAAGGUGGAUGAGAAGAAUCCAGGAUCGGACGUUGCCGGUGAGACUGCAGCUGCAAUGGCGGCUGCCUCCAUUGUGUUUAGGAAAACAAAUCCACAUUACUCUCACCUACUACUGCAACAUGCAGAACAGUUGUUUGAGUUUGGAGAUAAGUUUAGAGGGAAGUAUGAUGAAAGUGUUAGGGUGGUGAAAGGGUACUAUCCGUCGGUGAGUGGGUUCAAAGAUGAGCUGUUGUGGGCAGCUUUGUGGCUAUACAAGGCCACCGACAAGGAGGAUUAUUUGAGUUAUGCUUUGGAGAAGGCAAAUGAAUUUGGUGGGAUCACUUGGGCCAUCACUGAGUUCAGCUGGGAUGUCAAGUUUCCUGCUCUUCAGAUCAUUGCUUCAAUGUUGUUGACGGAAGAAAAUCAUAGGGAGAUGGGGUUCAAGCUCGUAUUCGAACAGUAUCGUUCAAAGGCCGAGUAUUAUUUGUGCGCUUGCCUUAACAAGAACAAUGGGAGCAAUGUGAACCGCACCCCAGCAGGUCUAUUGUACAUCCGACAAUGGAACAACAUGCAAUAUGUAUCGAAUGCAGCAUUUCUUCUCACAGUUUAUUCCGAUUAUCUUCGAGCGUCAAAUCAACGGCUGAGAUGCGACCGCGGCAAAGUUGGUCCGGAAGAAGUCCUCUUGUUUGCAAGAUCACAGGCUGAUUACAUCCUGGGAGCUAAUCCAAUGGGCAUGAGUUACUUGGUUGGGUAUGGUUCAAGGUACCCUCAAAGGAUGCACCAUAGAGGAGCAUCAAUUGAAUCUUAUAGAGAGAACAAGGGAUUUAUAGGGUGCACUCAGGGGUAUGAUUAUUGGUAUCCAAGAAAUGAUCCAAACCCUAAUGUUGUUGUUGGGGCCCUGGUUGGAGGGCCAGAUCAUAUGGACCGAUUUAGUGAUGAUAGGAAAAAUUUCAUGCAAACUGAGGCUUGUACCUAUAAUACAGCAAGCCUUGUUGGGGUUUUGGCUAAGUUGCAUGGUGUAGAAGAAGAAGAUGGAUAUUUGAACACUCCUUUACUUGCUUCUAGUUAAACCCUUAAACGAAAAACUGGCCUAACAUCAUGCAUUCAAUCAUAUAUAUACAGGAAUAGGAACAGAAAUAAAUGUUUUUUUUUUUCCAUUUUCUUAUAGUUCAAUAUUUGUGAAAUUAUGUAAUUUUUCUUCUCCAAUACAUUCAGGGGGGGGGGGGCAUCCUUAAGUUUUGUCUAAAUCUAAUGUCUGAAAUCGAAUCUCCAUUUCAUACGAUCUUAAGGAUGCAAUCAAUCGUCAUGUAAUGUUUGUGGGUACAUUCAACAUUUGAUUUGGUUGUACUUGUGGAUUUGGAUGUAUGUUGUUAGCUCUACACCUACCAAUCAUGUUUGUGAUCAUUAAUAAGGGUAAGAAAGUAAAGUAAGUCAACAAAGCCUGAAAGCAUUUGAGGGUCUUAUUUUUUAUUUGUUGGAACUACAUAUAUAUAUUGUUGUACAAAAGGAGAAAAUAAAUAAAAUCUUACAACA